AACCUGUGCGGCUCCCUUUGCGGUUCCGGUCGGAAUUACCCGGCGGCGCACGCCGACAUGGCUGCGCUAGUAGUGCGAGGUGUGCGGCAUAUGCUGAAGCAUGCGGACUUCGCGACGGUCCCGCGUAGACAACGACAUAAGCAGAAAUGGGCUGCCACAGAGCCCAAAUUUCCUGCCACUCGACUGGCUCUGCAGAAUUUUGACAUGACUUACAGUGUUCAAUUUGGGGAUCUUUGGCCAUCGAUCCGGGUCAGUCUCCUCUCAGAGCAGAAGUAUGGUGCACUGGUCAAUAACUUUGCUGCCCGGGAUUGUGUGAGUGCUGAGCUGGAGCAGCUUAGUGCCAAGGAUUUUGUGAAUGAAGCUAUCUUCCGCGGGGACCCAGAACCUGAGAAUGGCCAAACUGCAGUUCCACCCCCUGCCUCCUCGGCCUGCAGUCCAAACCUUCGAUGCUUCACUUUUGCCAGAGGGGAUGUCAGCCGUUUCCCUAAUGCCAGACUUGGCAGCCUGGGUGUCAUGGACUACUACCUGAUGGAUGCUGCCUCCUUGCUGCCUGUGCUGGCCCUUGGCCUGCAGCCUGGUGACACCGUGCUUGACCUGUGUGCAGCCCCUGGGGGAAAGACACUAGCAUUGCUUCAGACUGGCUGUUGCCGCAAUCUUGCUGCCAAUGAUCUCUCCACUUCACGAACAGGCAGACUACUGAAGGUCCUUCACAGCUAUGUGCCUCAAGAUGUCAGGGAUAGGAAUCGAGUUCGAGUCACAUCAUGGGACGGCAGGAAGUGGGGAGAACUGGAGGGGGAUACCUAUGACCGGGUGCUGGUGGAUGUGCCCUGUACCACAGACCGGCACUCCCUUCAUGAGGAGGAGAACAACAUCUUUCAGCGUUCAAGGAAGAAGGAGCGGCAGAUGUUGCCUUUGUUGCAGGUGCAACUUCUUGCGGCUGGACUCCUCGCCACCAAACCAGGAGGCCACGUUGUCUAUUCCACCUGCUCACUCUCACACUUACAGAACGAGUAUGUGGUGCAAGGCGCUAUCGAGCUCCUGGCCAAUCAAUACAGCAUCGAGGUUCAGGUGGAAGACCUGACUCACUUCCGAAAGCUUUUCAUGGACACAUUUUCUUUCUUCCCAUCCUGCCAGGUUGGGGAGCUAGUAAUCCCAAACCUCAUGGCCAAUUUUGGGCCUAUGUACUUUUGCAAAAUGUGUAGAGUGACAUAGCAUCACCCUGUUCCUGAAGUCCUGGUAUAGGAAGACAAAGGGUGUACUCUCGUGGAGACCAGUAGCAGAGAUGCACUCUGGCCUAUCUCUGUCCCAUUCAGGUCUUUCUAUAGACAGUUUUCAGCAGUAGGAAGUAGGAGUUUUUCUGUCCUGCUGUCCAAUUGUGGAGCAUCAGCAGGUUUCUAAUUCACUUAUUACACCCCCACUUCCAACCCCCCAGUCCCCAUUUUUGAGCCAGUGCUAAAGGUUCUUGCCCCAUUGGGGGCUUUGGAGGAGGAACCAGUGGGCAGGUCCACUCUUUAAGCUGUAAACUUGGGAAGAAGCAUUUAGUCAAUAAAAUUGUUGAAGCUCCAUGGAGCCGGGGCUGUGGUUGGGGGGCCUCAUGUCAGUCUAGGUAUUGUUAGUUCCUUUUGUACUAGCUGCUGCUACUGAGCAUUAGCUCCCAGGUACCCAAAGUCCAGGACUUCAGCCUGGUUACAGACCUCUGGUUACAGAGCCCCUUUCACACUUGAGGUGAGUUCUGCAUUAUAAGUCUUGAGCAGCUGAAGGGUCUAAACAAGCCUACCAAGUUUCUCCAUAUGGCUCGUGAUCUAAUUUAAGGAGCAAGUAGCUAAAAAUGUUAAGCCAGUGCAAAAUAAUCUGCUUAUUUACAUUCAGAAAGCUCUCCUGAGCUGAAUAAUUCCAGCCAUUUCUCCUGCUGUCAACAGCACUGCUGCCCAAAUGUGGCUGAGAAGCUGCUUUUGCCACAGGGCUGUGGUAUGCUUUUGUGUGUUUCUUCCAUCGUUCACUCCUCUAGCAAGUAUUCCUUGAGCUCCUGUAUGACAGGUGGCCAGGGAGCUGCUGGAGAUGCAGCAUUUGGGAUUGUGGGAAAUAAUGAAGCCUCUUCAUCUUUCAGAAUGGCAGUUGUCCUCCUUUUACUUUCCGAGCACCUAGGAAUCUCCUAAUGUCUUGUUUUGUUAUAUUUGGGUUUUUUUGUUGUUUUUGUUGUUCUGUUUUUCUCUUGUUCCUGGCCCAUGGCUGAGCUCUGUUGCAAGUUUUCUGGCUAACCCCCAAAUCCCUCAGAGCUCUUCUUCCAGCAUCACAGGGUCUCACCUCACAUGGUGUGUGUUUGGGGCAACAUUACAUCAUCUAAUGCCUGACUGCUAGUUAUGUUAUUUUUGUAACUUUAGCACAAAGAAGGCAAUUCUUUAAUGGCAGGGAUAUUAAAAAUUGCUUAUGGUCACUUGC